UCCAAUCUGCAAGAGCGCGCUGUCCGUUACCAACAAACGGCCCUUAAAUCGCGAUAUCAAUUGCCAAAAAAUCGUGUUCAACAAAGUGCAGCUUAUCAAGCUGAUAAUGGCCAAUAAAAUGAUAUCAAACAGUCAAACGCGGGCUUCAGUGCAUAAAUCAGUGAAUAUUAGUGCAACUCCAGUGCCUCGAAUAUUUAGUGGUCCCAAUAAAAUGGCUACAUGCGAAAGAGUGGUACCACUAAACAUUAGACGAAAGCGGCGAAGAGACAGACAUCGAUAAACGAGUGUAGCAAAACGCAACACUGAAAAAUGUUUGUAAACAGCUGCGUAGCUCCGCCAGGCCGCCAGAGGGCGCGCCAACUGCGCGUGGGCAUUGCCAGAAAAAACAAAUUGAAAUGCUGCCCUGUGAAACGCCAUAUUUGAUUCGACUGCCCUGCAUUAUAAUACAAGAAAUUAAAAUUUUCGAGCGAAAACGCUGGCCCAGGCUUGCUAAUCACUUGUCCUAACGUGUGAAAUUCUCUCGUGAAAAUGAUUUAACACAGAUAAAGUGAUUCACGAGUGGAGUCCAGCAAAGCAACGUCGGACGUAUCCAAACUCCCAUCAACCCAGCCGAAGGUGUGUGUUUGUGUGUGCGUUUGUGUAUGUGUGUGAAACGCAUGAAAAAUGGUCUGAAGAAAUGUCACAGAAAUUGUAUAAUAAACGUGGAAUAAACGUUUCGCUUGCUAACUGCGCAGAGCCCACUAUUAUCCUGUACCAUUGACAUGGGACAAAAGAUUGCUGUGUUUUCCGUGUGCGCUCGCCAUGUGUUUAUGUGUGUGUGGAAGGCCAUCUUGUAGCGGAGACCAUCAUUAAAAUAUUGUGUCUACUCUCCGCUCUUUGUACUCUCUCUGCCAGUGCAGAGACCACAGACCCCAUAAAAUGGAGCAGUAUCUAGUGCCGUUAGAGGAGCCCGUCUACUCGGAUUUGCAGGUGGUGCAAGUGCCCCAAGAGGAGGUUGGGUCUCUGGUGCUCCAGGAUGACCAGCAAUUGGUGUUCAACGACCAGCAGCAGGUGGUGUAUCAAACCACGGCGCCGGCCCAAUACCAGCAGCCCCAACAGGCCACCGCUCCUGCCCACUAUAUAAUCGGAGGGGAUGAUCUCGCCCAGCAGCAACAGCACCAGCAGCAGCAGCAAGUCGUGAUGCAUCAUCAGCAGCACCAAGUGCAGCAAGUGCAUUAUCAGCAGCAGGAGGCACAACAACAACAACAACAGCAGCAGCAACAAAUCCAUUUGGAGCAGCAGCAGCAGCAAUAUGUGCAACAUCAGCAGCAACAGCCCGCCAUUCAGCAUACCCAGCAGAUUUAUUACACCUCCGAGCAGGUCCUACAGCCUAAUACUAUUGUGCAGCAUGCAUCCAUGCAGCAAUUGCAGCAGCAGCAGCAACAGAAGAAGCAGCAACAGCAAGUCCUGCAGCAGCAACAACAACAACAGCAGCAAUAUCAUGCGCCCGCCUAUCAGCAACAGACGGCGCAAUUGGUGCAAACGAGUGCCCAGCAACAGCAGCAGCAACUGUUGCAGAGUCCCCAACAGCAUCAGCAGACGCAACAGCAGGCCCAGACAUUGCACCUGCAGACAUCCCCCGCCCAGCAGCAGCAACAACAGCAGCAGCAGCCGCAGGUCGUUUACCGCAUGACCACCACACAGCAGCAGCAACGACCGCUUACUAACAAUAUGCAUGUGAUUGUCCAGCAGCAGCCCGUGCUUAUCCAGGCGCAGCAGCACCAGGAGCUUAUCAUGCGCCAGGCCACGGCCAUUCAUCCGUACAAUAAUCGCGUUGUUUAUACCACAUCGCCUCAGCAGCAGCAUGUGCUCCAGCAGCAUGUGCAACAGCAGCAUGUGCAGCAGCAGCAGCAGCAACAACAACAGCAGCAAAUGCAACUUCAGGCCACAGCACAGACGGCACAUCUCGUGCAGACCCGUGUGGUCCCACAGCAGACGCAAAAUGUGGUCUACCAGCAGUUGCAAGUGCAGAAGGUGCCACAGCAGCAACAGACGCAACAACAACAGCAGCAACAGCAAGUGGUGCACACACAGCAGCCCCAACUGGUUGCCACAUCGCAAGGAGGAGGCACACUCGUGCGGGCCGCCUUUCGUGGGAAAACCGCAAGAGGAGGAGCCGUUCUCACGCGCACAAUGAUUGCCACAAGUGGUGGACGACCCACGCUCAGUCCCACGACAAUUGUGCGUCACGUGCGGCCCAGAGGUGCCGCCGGAACCGUCCAAGGCGGGAUCGUAAGGAAUAUGCGUCCGCCGGGGGCACGGCCAGCGCGAGCCCAACUGGUGGUGCAAACCAGCUCUCCGGAGGGAAGCCAGACGAUGCAGAUCGUGACCCAGACGCAGAUGACGAAGCAUAUAACCAUUAGCGCGAAUCUCGGCCAGCCGACGGUCCCAGGACAGCAGCUCCAGCAACGGCAAGUGUAUCGCACCCACAUGAUCACCGACGGGAGCCAGCCACAGCAUCAACAGCAACAGCAGCAACACCAACAGAUGCUGAUGAUGCGGCAGUCGUCGCUGCGCUAUCGGGCGCCCGUCUCCCUCACUUCGGCUGUGGCGGCGCCCGUUCCAGCCGCUGUUAUAGCCACACCCGCGGCAGCAACCACGAGCAGCAUGGGGAUAGAUAUGGAGGAGCGCAUCCAAGCGGCAGUGCUGAAGAAGGAGCAACAGAAGCCGCCCGCCAAUCAGAUGCCCAUACAGCUGGCGCAGGGCACCAGCCUGACGACCUACUAUCCAGGAGCCACCACGGCACAGGUCACCACGGAAGAGGAGCAACAGCAGCAACAGCAACAACAGUUGCAACAACAGCAGCAGCAGCAUCAACAGCAGUUGCAGCAGCAACAAUUGCAACAGCAGCAGCAGGUCCAGGCAGUGCGCACGGCGAGUGGAGCGAGCAUGUCGCUGGCAGAGUUUAAGAAGCGCCAGACGAUGACAGUGUCAACGGCCAUACCCACAUCCUUGGCGACUACUGGAGGCCUGACGCCCUUGAGGCCCAUGACACCGGGAACUCUGGUGCGGGCCGCACCGAAGCUGAUAGCCACGCAGUCGCCCACAGGAGGAGUCCUGCCGAUUGGAACACGCAUUAUGCAGCCGCAAAGAGCUAUAGCGCCACCGCCACCGACAGCGCCAGCCGCUGUCCCUGUAGUGCCACCACCCGCACCAGCAAUUGCAGCACCAUCUGCCUCCGUCGUGGACCCUGGCGAUUCGCAAUCCUCCUCGCAGUCCGGCUCAUCCGUGCAGCAGACGUCGCACAACAAUUAUGAGAUUCACUCGCAGCAUGUGCUCAACAAUCGGGCGGGUCAGGCGAUACCCGAGAGGGAUCGGAACAGCGCCAAGAUGCUUGUGAUACUCGCAUCGGGCGAGCAGCGACUGAUCACCUUCACCCUGCCCCGGGAGUCGUGUACGGUGCAAGAUCUGUUGGAGCAGGUCAGCGUGCCGUUCGACAACACCACAACGAUCCAGUGCGUCGAGCAUCGCGGCGCCAAUGUGGAUUUUGUGGUAACUGUGGGCUUUUCCGUCAACGAAUCUGCCAGCGAACUCAUAUCCCGAGCGGAGGAGAGUCUACAGAUGAAUCGCCAGCAAGAGAAUGCCACCGCCAGUGCGGCACCAACGCAGCCCGCGCCCACAACUACAACAGCGUCGCCGGCGUACACCCAGGCCAAUGCGGCGGCAGAACAGGCCAAGAGAGAGGCGGCCAGUGCAGCGGCACCGAAUGGGGGCACCACCAACGGCACAGCCACGGGAGCAGGUGUCGUGUCGGUUGCCACCGAAGGACGCAAACUGAUCGACGGCUACUAUGCUGUGUGCAAGCAGUGCGGCUUCACGGGCAUGGAUCAUGCCAAAUGCGAGCGCUGCAAGCGCGUCUUUCUGGAGCCACCCAAACGCAAGUCUUACCUCACCAAGUCGAAUGCCACCUCCUCCCCGGCAUCAUCCACCUCCAGCGAGACGGCCACGCCGGCGGAGAAACGGGAGCUGGCAGCGGCCGCACGUUACAACAAACAGAUGAGCGGCGUGUCCUUUCCAACGGGUGCCAGAGGACGCGGUGGAAUGGCCGCAUUGCGGGGUCGAGCCCGUGGCGGCAGACGAGCGCCCGAGGCGGAACCUGUGGUAUUGCUGAGCAGUGAAGAUGAGGCGGACGGAGAUGAUACCACUGUCGAUGGCAGUGCUAGUCUGCCAUCCCUGCACUCGAGCCACUACAGCCAUUUCAUGAAUGGAAAAGUUCCUCUGCCCGCCGUGUCCUUUGCCUGCGAGUCCCUGCUGCCCGAGGUGGACGAAGUACCGCUGUACAGAGAUUUUGUGCGCGGCGAUGUUAUGGACUUGACGGAUGUGCCCGAGAGUGAACAAUUCUCCACACCGAUCACCUGUAGCUGUGUGCGUCUGAUGCCCUAUCGCUUCGAUACAAUUGAGCCGGUCACAUUCACUUCGAAGGGAAUACGCAUAAAUGGCAUACUGCAGGACGUGGACAAGAAGUUCACGCUAAACAUCUACAAGCACGAGGUGAUCAAGGUUAUUGCACAUUUCGGGAGCGCUGAGCAACCACAGACGCUUCUUACGCUCUACUUGCUCAAGACAUGCGCACUGUAUGUGAAAGCGCAGCUCUGUCUGCCCGAUGAUCAACCAAAUGAACAGACUGGCUUCAAGUCACAAACCUCGUUCCACACACGACGGCUCGUUCUGCUGUUCGAUAGCAUCUCCCUCACCGCCCGUGAGACCAUCAAGACAAUGUUCAGCUGCGUGGACGAGAUCUCAGCCAUAGAUGCGGCCGAUAUAUUCGAUCGAAUUGCCGACUCCGAUCGCAAGGCAUUGGACAAGUCCACACAGCCGGUGGUGCGGCAGCUACGUGCCGAUGAGCAGGUAAAUCUGCUGAUGUAUCCGCCCAGAGGCACGGGCAGCCUUUGCAUACGCAUGGAGGACUUUGUGUGCCUGACGAAGGAGUCCUACCUAAACGACAUCAUCAUUGACUUUUACCUGUUGUGGCUGCGCAACACACUGAUACCGGAGGCAACGCGAGAGCGUACGCAUGUCUUUAGCACGUUCUUUUAUAAGCGACUGACGACGCUGACGCGUCCCACCGACAUGCGCCAGACAGCGGCCCAAAAGCGGCAUGCCAGGGUCCAAAAAUGGACCAAAGUUGUGGACAUAUUCGACAAGGACUUUAUCAUUGUGCCCAUCAACGAGCAGUCGCAUUGGUUCCUCGCCAUCAUCUGUUUCCCGAACCUCAAGGGCCCCGUCACCUACGACACCAAUCAGCCCGUUGAGCCGCAGCACCUGAAGCGUGCGCGCGGCAAGAAGGUCUCCCUGCAGAUUGGUAACACCACCAUCACACCGUUGACAAAGAGGGGCGAGGGUGGAGCCCUGCCAGCGGCACUCAACUCGGAGAUCUGCCGCCUAGGCGACGACGGCGAGAGUGAGCGUGACGAGGCCGAGGGCGAUGACAGCGACAUGGCCUCCGAGGACAGUGAUAACUCGAAUUCGGGCAAGGAACCAACUCCCUCCAAGGAACCACCGGUAGCCACACCCACGCCACAGGUUAGCAGCGGCCCAGCCAGGAUUUGCGGUGCGGAAGAGGUGCCGGCGGUAAAGCAGCCCCUGAUCCUCAUCUUUGACUCGUUGGCCGGGGCAUCGCGCAGUCGCGUGGUGGCCACGCUGCGGGAUUACCUGACCUGCGAGUACAGGAUCAAGAAGCCGGAUGCGCAGGCGCACGUCUUCAACAAGGAUAACAUGCCCGGACACUGCGUCAAAGUGCCGCAACAGAACAACUUCACCGACUGCGGCCUCUAUCUGCUGCAGUACGUCGAGCAGUUCUUUGCUGAGCCCAUCAGAGACUACAGACUGCCCAUCAAGCAGCUGACGAACUGGUUCGACUUCCUCACCGUCACCAAGAAGCGCGAGGACAUUGCCAAUCUCAUCCAGAAGCUGAUGGACGAUACAAACAACCAACAGCGCCUGAUCCUGCCGGUCAUCGAGUUCCCCACCCUCAAUGGCCAGCUGGUGGAGUAUCCCGAGGAGACUGAGAGUGCCGAAUUUGAGGAGGAGGAGGGUCACGAGGAUGAGGAGCCCAAUAGCGAAAGUCAUGAGGAAAACAAUGCGGUUUCUGAAAUGGAAGUGGAUCCCGUGGGCGAUGAUCUGCCCGUGGGCAAAACCACCACCGCAGUAGUCGUUAGCACCACCGCCACGACCGUGAACAGUGGCGUGACAAUAGCAACGGCCAAGACCAAGCGAUUCGUGCUGAAGCGUCCCCUGCAGAACGGCCUGGGCACCACUCUGACGAGCAAUGGCAAUGGAGAGAUUCACAAUGGGACUAUAAUGCUGCCACAGCUGGUGAGCACUACGACGGCGAGUGGAGCGCUUGGCGGAGCAGGGGCACACCUAGCGCAACGUGCCUGCAGCGGCAGCCUUAAGAUACGCAAGAUCGAGCCUUAGCAUCGGGAGGAUGUGCAACGCAUCGAACUGCCGCCCGCCCCGCCGCGUAUGAUGCGGCUGAUGUUGCCACAGCUGCAGCAGCAGCAGCACCAGCACCAUUUGUAAAUAAA